GGUCUCCAUUGGGCAAAAAAAAAAAAAAAAAUCCGCAGCCGAGUUUUUUUUAUUCGUGGCUUUGCGGGGAAUGUAGGGGAGGAAAUCGUGGUCGAGUUCAACUUCCACACUGUUGAGAAACUUCGCUUGCCAGGGUGAAGACUUCUUCAACAUGGACUGCUUUUACGACCAACAAGUCCCCUUUGUGGUGCCAGAGAGUACUUGUCGCACAGAGCAAACAGAGCGAUGCCCCAGCGACCGGAAAAGGAAGUUCAUGGAUGUCGGCUUGGAUCAAGACACAGAAGAUCUUUUCCAAGAUCUGAGCCAACUUCAGGAAAUAUGGAUAGCAGAAGCUCAGGUUCCUGACGAUGAGCAGUUUGUCCCAGAUUUCCAGUCCAGCAACUUGAUGUUUCAAGGGCCGCCAUUCAGCAAAGUGAAGCGAGAGUCAAGCCCGUCAAAAGACAUGUCUCCCUGCAGGACGCCUCACGCUGACGUGUGCCUUUACAGCUACAGUGCCUGUGAUAGGAAACCGGCCGGGUUCACAGGUGCCGCCCACCCGGCUGGACCCGUGCAAAGGCAGGUUACAAGCUGUCGCACCAACCAGGUCUCUACCUUAAGCCCCUCCCACCACCACAACCUGCCAACGACCAAUCAGAACCAGCCAUUUGCAUUGCCGCACCAUCCUAUCCGCUGCCCUGCUGGAGCGUUUGGUUCUGAGCAGAGGUUUCAACGGCAGAUGUCAGAACCGUGUUUGUCCUUUUUACCGUCAAAGAAAAUCGACAAUUUGCCCUAUCCUGCCUCGAGUCACGUGAGCCGCCCGCUCUACCAGCGGCACCUGUCAGAGCCUCUGGUUCCGCCCGGUGGCCGAGGCGCCUGCAAGCAGGAGCUGGUGGAUCCGCGCUACCCGGAGGCGUUACCAUGUGGUCAGAGCGCAGCCUCCUUUAACGGCGUCACCAUCAAACAGGAGCCGCGGGACUUCAGCUUCGACACAGAGGUCCAAAACUGCCAGUCAUCAUCCUUUGGCAAAACUUCAGUCUUGUACCAGAACAGCCGCACAGGAUUCGCUCGCGACUCAGAAGCACGCUUUUACUACGAUGACGCCUGCGUUGUUCCGGACAGAAUUGAGGGUAAAGUGAAGCAGGAAGGUUUGCCGUACCAGCGCCGCGGCUCCUUACAGCUCUGGCAGUUCCUGCUCACACUGCUGGAUGACCCGGCCAACACACAUCUGAUUGUCUGGACAGGGCGCAACAUGGAGUUCAAACUCAUUGACCCUGAAGAGGUGGCUCGGCUGUGGGGGAUCCAGAAGAAUCGACCCGCCAUGAACUAUGACAAGCUGAGCCGCUCCCUGAGGUACUACUACGAGAAGGGCAUCAUGCAGAAGGUUGCCGGGGAAAGGUACGUCUACAAGUUCGUGUGCAACCCCCAGGCGCUCUUCUCCUUGGCGUUCCCAGACAACCAGAGGCCCAGCCUGAAACCGGACCCAGAUGCCCCCCUACCUGCUGCUGAGGAAGAUGGGCUGGCUCUGCCCGCCUACGAGGAGGAAGGGCCGUACUUGGCGGACGGCAGCGAACAGUGCAUUCAGAGACUGGCCUUCCCCGACAGCUGCCUGUACUAGACCAUGGUAUAGAUUAUAUGCAGGGUUUGAGAUCUUUUAUACUUUUAAAUCUACAAACUACCUUAACUCUGGUAUGGCUUUGUCUGUUUUAGACCCCCCUGCCCCUCCUCACAGUAGUUCAAUAAUAUUCCUGCAGCCAACAAUCAAAAAACUGAUCUCAAAGCAUCUUAUUAUGAAAAGUAAGCAAGGGGAAGUGCUGUGAUUCAACCAAAAACAAUCCAAGCCAUGCAACUCCUUAACUACCCUGAAAGGGAUGCUUGUAUUUUCCAGAUGCCACGUUCUCUUAUAAACUUGUGUAUUCAAAUGUUUUCUUGUGUUUUUAAAGCUAAUAUUUUUGGCAUUAUAUGGAGUUGCUUUUUUUCCCUAGAACAGUUUUAUGACAAAAAGUACCGCUACUAUUUUUUAUUCACUGCUCCUAGCAUGAUGGUUUCUUACAAUCGGCUGUGUCAAGGUAAUUUUUCCGCAUUUUGUAUAGUGGAGUCGCUUCAGUGUGUAGAAACGCUGUAUAAUUAUACUGUAUAUGAAUAUAUUUUUGCAAACGGCAGUGAGUUGCACAGUGGAGCUUGCAAACGUGUCGGCGACAGAGCGACCUCAUGCUUUGCAGAUUAAACAUGGAUGUUUUGUUCUGUGAUCAAUGGAGGGAAGUAUUGACCUUCACAUGCUGUACGUGUGCCUUCCGUUAAUGUUCACUGAUACAAUAAAACUAUUUUACUCUUA